ACUUAACAUAACAAGAUGCCUAAAAAUAAGGGAAAAGGUGGUAAAAACCGUAGAAGAGGAAAGAACGAAAAUGAACAAAAAAGAGAACUUCAAUUCAAAGAAGAUGGCCAAGAAUAUGCCCAAGUUUUAAGAAUGUUAGGUAAUGGUCGUUUAGAAGCUCAAUGUUUUGAUGGUGAAAAACGUUUAUGUCACAUCAGUGGUAAAUUAAGAAAGAAAGAAUGGAUUAAUAAUGGUGAUAUUAUUUUACUUCAAUUAAGAGAUUAUCAAAAUGAAAAAGCUGAUGUCAUUCUUCGUUAUAAUGUUGAUGAAGCUCGUAACCUUAAAACUUAUGGUGAAUUACCAGAAACUGCCAGAAUUAACGAAACCGAUGUUUUCGAUGAAACUGAAGAUAUUCCAUUCGAAUUCGUUGCUGAUGACGAUGUUGAUCUCGACACUCUCUAAAAAAAAAAAAAAAUUUAUAUAUAUAAUAAAAAAAAAAAAAAAAAAAUUUAAAUAAUGU